UACGCGCUCGCGCAGUCGGCGAAGCUCUUCGUCUGGGAGGCGCGCGUCGACGUGACCAUCGAGGACGUGCGGCCCAUCCCCGAGCGGCUCGCGGCGACGGGGCGCACGAACCUCUCGGAGACGCAGAUCUCGCGCAUGAUCGGCAAGAUCUUCACCGAGUCGACGCAGGUGAACCUCCACUCGGAGAUUCUGGACAGCCCGAACUGGCUCUGGGAGGACGACCAGCACGAGCCGGCCUACAUCGCCCUGCGGGACCACCUCGACGUGCCGGACCGCGUCGAGCUCCUCAACAAGCGGCUCGACAUCCUCAAGGAGCUCCUCGAGGUCCUCAACACGCAGCUCGCGAACUCGCACUCGUCCCGCCUCGAGAUCAUCGUCAUCUGGCUCAUCAUCGCGGAGAUCGUCGUGACGCUCCUCGUCUUCGUGCUCGAGCACGUCCUCCCUAAGAAGUUCUUCUAG